UGGUUUAUCUUGCUUUGUUCCGUCUUGAUGAACUCGGGAUGGCAAACUAUCGGCAAUUUGUUAAAUCUCAAGAUAUUAACAGAAUGUAUAAGUUCUUGAAGUUUUUCUUCAAUGAGAAAAGUAUCACAGGCUGGAUGAAGGAUGAAUGGCAAAAAUAUUAUGAACAUGUUUUUGUUCAAACCAAGCUUGUUUCACCUCUAAGAAGGUGGUUGCCUGAGCUUACAGAAAUGGUAAAUCAAAUGAAAGAGAAGAUAGACAACAUUAAAAAGCCAAGAAGAAAGGCUCUAACAUCCACAGAAAUCAAGCCAUUUAAUAUAACACAGCCUCGACCAAAAAGUGUUCCUGUUCCCGAACCAAUUUCUAAGUUACAGAAGCAUAAACCACCACCAGAAACACUGUACAAAGAGCCGAGUGAAUUAAACAAGAUGGAGAGAAUCAGACAAGAAAACAGGAGAAAAGCUGAGGAGAGACUGAUGGAGGCUUCUAGGCGACAGUUUGCCUGUGCUAAUCCUGAGAAGUCAAAGAAAACUAAGGAGAAGAUUCAGAAUAUCCUUGAUGAGGAGGAGAACAAGCUGGAGUUUGAUAAACCUAAAUCUAACAAAGCACCUUCUUUCUUGAACCAGGAGGUUCCUGUUAAAAUGACUGCAGCAGCUAUUCUGCGUGAAGGUGCCCUCUACCAAAGAAGAGAGGCAGAGGAAAUUAGAAGACUAGAGAAUCUGGAAGCUGGAGCUAAAGAUAAAUCUGAAUUUGAAAAAUGGCAGAAUGAGAUGAAGCGUAAGGAUAUGGAGGCGGAGCUUGCUGAUAUAGAGAAGCGCCGCCUGGAGGGAAAACUGAGUCAUGAGGAGGCAAUUCUUGCCAGACAGAAUAUAAUACAAGAAAACAAACAGAGAGUGGCGGAGAUUAAAGAAGAGACUCAGAAAAUGAUGGAAAGAUUCUUGGAGGAGAAAUUUAAAGAAGAACAACAAAUGAGGCAACUGGUCGAGGAUACAAUGAAGGGUCAUAAAAAUGCUAAAGAAUCCCAGAAAAAGCUGCAGGAAUAUAAACAAAAAAUAGUUCAAGAAGUAGCGGAGGAGAGUCAGGAACUGAUGAGGCGUGCUAUUGAAGAAGCCGAGAUUGAGAUGCGGCGCAGAAUGGAGCUCAUACACCAGAUCCGGGCCAUGGAAGCUGUGCCUGUUAUCAGGCAGAAGUUUGUUGAUCUAACAUCUGCUGCCGGGCAUGGUCUCCUUAGUGAGAUGUCAAUUGCUGAGUUGAAAGAACGAAUGGCUCUUCUGAAGACAGCUGAAAGAGAGGCAGAGGAGAAUAGAAGAGACGAAAUACUUGCUACUAAAGAGGCAAAAGAUCAGAUGUUACUGGACACAUUAGAGAAGAUUUCCAAACACCGACUUGAACAGACAAAGGCAGCUGCUGUAAAACUGGAAUCUCGUAAGAAGGGUGAACCCAAGAAGAUGCAGAUUCAGACUGAAGAGCUGUCGGCUUUACAGAAGCGACUUGACGAGAAGAAACAACAGCGACGUCAAGCACAGGAAACCUCCCGUCUUGCCCCAAAUACUAAAUCGGCCCAAAGAACUAAAAGUUUGAUAAAUCAGAAGAAACAUUUAGAGGAAAGUCGCUGGAAGGAAUUAGAGGCUACAAGGGAGAGAACUGCCCAAGUAAUGCAACAGACAUAUGCCAAAUCAGCCAGUAGACUCAACACAAUGAUGUCAGUUACAUAACCUGAUUUGACACACUCUGUACACUCUACAAAUAAAAUGUGAUAUAUUUUAUAUUUAUAUAUAAAAGAACAUUUUUUUUUAUCAUGAAAAAGAACAUAUUUUUACUGUUCAUAAAUUAUCAGUAUUUCCACGACCAAUAAAUCCGUCCUGUGAUAAAUGUAUUAUUUUUUCGUAAGACUCCUGUUUAUAUGUCAUGUUGAUAAUGUUUUAUUUGUUUUAUGUGCAAAUGUUUUAUCAAUUCUCAAGUGAUUUAUUAGCUCGACUAUUUGAAGAAUAAAGAGAGCUAUUGUACUCACCAGGCU